UUUGAUUGUUUAGUCGUCUCUGUCACUUUCGAAAUUAUACCCGAAUUUUGUACAUCAUGUUUUUAAAAGCCUCUCUCUUUAGAUGGACUAAAAUUGUAGUUUGUCGUGUACGUUUUAGUAAUGAAGUGUGUGGAUGUCCACCGCCUCCGUGCGGAGGAAAAGGAGAAGCCGACAUUUACGCCAGCACACGCAAGAAUUUAGUUUUGACAAAGCAGAGCGCGGUCAUGUUUCAGGGCUUCACCGGCAAGCAGGGUACGUUUCAUAGCAAGCUGUCGUUGGAAUACGGAACAAAAGUGGUAGGCGGAGUGUCUCCUGGAAAAGGAGGCAAGAAGAAUCUUGACCUGCCGGUAUUUAAUACCGUAGCCGAAGCUGCGAAGGCUCUUAAACCUCACGCGACCUGCAUUUUCGUUCCACCUCCAAAAGCGGCUGCGGCCAUUAUGGAGGCGAUGGACGCAGAGAUACCCUUAAUUGUGUGUAUCACGGAGGGAAUACCUCAGCACGACAUGGUUAAAGUGAAAUAUCGUCUAAUACGACAGGGUAAAUCGAGAUUGGUGGGUCCCAACUGUCCCGGAAUAAUCGCGCCUGAACAAUGCCGUAUCGGGAUUAUGCCCGGUAAGAUCCACAAAAAGGGAAUUGUUGGGAUUGUAUCCAGAUCGGGAACACUAACUUAUGAAGCUGUCAACCAAACCACACAAACGAAGUUGGGACAGACGCUCUGCGUUGGAAUCGGCGGGGACCCCUUCAAUGGGACCGAUUUCAUCGACUGCCUGGACGUCUUCUUAAAAGACAAAAAUACCAAAGGUAUAAUGUUGAUAGGUGAAAUCGGCGGUGUCGCUGAAGAGCAGGCGGCGGAUUAUUUAAAGCAGCACAACACUGGUCGAGAUUCCAAGCCCGUGGUCAGUUUCAUCGCUGGACAAUCGGCCCCUCCCGGUCGUCGAAUGGGCCAUGCGGGUGCCAUUAUAUCUGGUGGUAAAGGCAAGGCUAGCGAUAAAGUUGCGGCACUGGAGUCGGCUGGCGUAAUUGUAUCUCCAUCGCCAGCGGCGAUGGGGGAUAUGCUGCUGAAGGAGAUGAAGCGGAGGUAUCUAAUUUGAUGAAAUCGUCGAAUUGUGUCGAAAUCCGUCUGUAUUUUUAUGCAAAUAUACAUUAUCUAUAUAAAUGGG